AUGAGCAGGGCUAAGGAGUUGCAAGAGAAGCUGGACUUGCAAGCGAAGCUGCAACUGGCGUUCAGCAAGAAGUCCGCGAGCGUGGCCGCAUGGUUGGAGGACACACCGCUGCAGGACGCGAGCAAGAGCGCAGCACACCUCCGGGACUCACGGGACCAGUUCUUCCAUCUGCCUGUGAUGCAGACGGGCAGCGGGUUGAACAUGACCCAGCGGGCAGGUGAUGGACCCUCAGAUCAAACAGAUAUACACACUGUCGGCGAGUUCAUCGACUCGGACAAGAAAGUCAGCUCGCUGGGCAAGAAGAAGCGGAGGCCUGUGCCCACCGCUGGCGGUAGUAGUAUCCACCGCGUCAGCAAGGACGACACGGGCGCCAUGGUCGCGCUGAAGCGGAAGAUGCGCACCGCACAGCGUGCAGCAAUCCGCGCAGACCCUCAAAGAACUACUAGAACUACUACAUCUGCCCAAGCAGACUCUGAAGACGACGACGACGACCGGCCGCCCGCACAGACACAAGGCAAGAAACAUUCCCAACUGCUCUUCCAGAGCAAGAAGCACAAACGCAGCCGAAACUGA